CUCUGAGCGGCUGGCGGGGAGCUCGGGGCUCUCUGUUCUCAUCGAGUCAGAGGCGCAGGGGGAGGUUAGAGGCCAUUGGAAGUGGCAAGCAGGAAUUAGGGCCUCCCAAAUACCCGCAACACUACCCCAUGCUGAAUAUAGCCCCUGAAUCAGGAAGGGUCUUCCUGGGUCAUCCUUAACCUUCCAUAUUCCGGAGCUUGGGAGGAAGAGUGCCUCGGGUCCCCUGAGCAGGUCUGAUUCCCUCCUACCCACACCACUGCUCCAUCGAGCCGCCCUGAAGUUAAACUCUCCCAGGGAACAGAAAGCACAGAAGUCUCUGAGCACGGAGCACCGGAGGGUCACCGACCGGAAGACACCUCUGCUUUCAGUCAGACUGAUUGAAGGGCAAGAAGAACAAACUAGUUCCCCAAAAGAAAAUGGCCUGGCUAAUUACCAAUUACCACGCCUGGCUGGUGGAAGUUACUGGGAGCCGCAUCUGUCAAAUGCCUGGACUAUGACCUCAGCAGGAGAUGGAGGAAGGCAAAGGAGUGAAGCUCUUUUCAGUGAACAGUGGUUGUUCAUCAAAUGGUCACCCAGGGAUCUCACCUGGAACCUGUGGAUACCGAAGGGAGCCACCCCCAUCUGACUGCUGGGAACUCAGUGUUAACCCUUCCACCCCCAGGAGCACUGGCCAGCACCAUCGUGGCCAUGCAGCCUGAGCAGAGGACCCCCCCUGGGAGGAACCAGGGACCAGUGAGGUGGGAACAGAAGAAGCGGGUGCCACGCUGGGCAGCAGAAAUGCAGGCACGAGAUGGUGAUCCCACAGUUGGCUGGCGGAUUUCUCCUUCCUGUGCUGUGUGGCCUUAGAAUGAGGAACAGCUGUGGUUUGGGCCUGAAGUGGGUCCAGACUUGGAAGCAGGGAUGCCUUCCUUCUUGGCUCAGGACACUCCUGAGUUGAGCCAGGAGAACAACUGUCUGUUAGACAUUGGACUCACUUUUCAGAACUGCAGAUGAAAUUCGUUACAGUUCAAUGAUGUAUUUCCUUUCAGUCUUCUGACUUUUUGAUCAGCUGGACCUAUGCCCUAAGACCCAGACCAGGGCUGCAGAUAGGCAUGGCCAGUGUCCGCUGCAAGCUGGCCCACUACCUGGAGGACCUGGAGGACAUGGACUUUAAGAAGUUCAAGAUGCACUUAGAAGACUAUCCCCCUCAGAAGGGCUGCACUGCACUCCCCCGGGGCCAGACAGAGAAAGCAGAUCCUGUGGAUCUAGCCACCCUCAUGAUUGACUUCAAUGGGGAGCAGAAGGCGUGGGGUAUGGCAGUCUGGAUUUUUGCUGCAAUCAACAGGAGAGACCUUUACGAGAAAGCUAAGAGGGAUGAGCCAGAGUGGGAAGGUGCACAUGUGUCUGUGGUAUGCCGGGAAGACAGCCUUGAAGAGGAAUGGAUGGGCUUAUUGGGGUACCUUUCCAGAAUCUCUAUUUGCAAAAAAAAGAAAGAUUACUGUAAGAAAUACAGAAAUCAUGUGAGAAGCAGAUUCCAGUGCAUCAAAGACAGGAAUGCCCGUCUGGGAGAGAGUGUGAACCUCUAUAAGCGCUACACCAGGCUGCGGCUUGUCAAAGAGUACCCGAGCCAGCAGGAACGGGAGCAGGAAUUCAUGGCCAUCGGCAGGACUGUGGCCCAGAUGCAGGAUAGCCCUCUGAGUUCCAUGAACUUGGAGCUGUUGUUUGAGCCUGAGGACCCGCACUCAGAGCCCGUGCACACGGUGGUGUUCCAGGGCUCAGCAGGCAUCGGGAAGACAAUCCUGGCCAGGAAGAUCAUGCUAGACUGGGCAUCAGAGAAACUUUACCAAGACAGGUUUGACUACCUGUUCUACAUCCACUGCCGGGAGGUGAGCCUGGGGACAUGCAGGAGCCUGGGGGACCUGAUGGCUAGCUGCUGCCCUGACCCCAACCCUCCCCUAUGCAAGAUCAUGAGGAAGCCGGCCAGGAUCCUCUUCCUCAUGGAUGGCUUCGAUGAGCUGCAGGGGGCCUUCGACGAGCAUGCAGAGGUGCUCUGUGUAGACUGGCAGGAGGUGCAGCGUGUGGACAUUGUCCUAAGCAGCCUCAUCAGAAAGAAGCUGCUCCCUGAGGCCUCACUGCUCAUCACCACGAGGCCUGUGGCCCUGGAGAAGCUGCACCAUCUGCUGGACCGUCCACGGCACGUGGAGAUCCUGGGUUUCUCAGAGGCCAAGAAGAAGGAAUAUUUCUUCAAAUACUUCUCUGAUGAGCAGCAGGCCUGGGAAGCCUUUAGGCUGAUCCAGGAGAAUGACGUCCUCUUCACCAUGUGCUUCAUCCCCCUGGUCUGCUGGAUUGUGUGCACUGGGCUGAAACAGCAGAUGGACAGUGGCAAGAGUCUCACCCAGACCUCCAAGACCACCACAGCAGUGUACAUCUUCUUCCUCUCCAGCCUGUUGCAUUCUCGAGCAGGGAGCCAGAGGCAGCACAUCUCCACCAACCUUCGGGGCCUCUGCUCGUUGGCUGCGGAUGGAAUCUGGAAUCAGAAGAUCCUGUUUGAGGAGAGUGACCUCAGGAACCAUGGCCUGCAGAAGGCUGACGUGUCUGGGUUCCUGAGGGUGAACCUAUUCCAGAAGGAGGUGGACUGUGAGAAGUUCUACAGCUUCAUACACAUGACUUUCCAGGAGUUCUUUGCUGCCAUGUACUACUUGCUGGAAGAGGAGGAGCAGCGGGGGACCAAGAACACACUGCAGAGUCCUUGUGAGCUCCCCAGCCGAGAUGUGAGAGUCCUUCUUGAAAACUACGGCAAGUUUGAAAAGGGGUAUCUGAUUUUUGUUGUUCGUUUCCUCUUUGGCCUCAUAAACCAGGAGAGAACCUCCUACUUGGAGAAGAAGCUGAGUUGUAAGAUCUCCCAGCACAUCAGGCUGGAGCUGCUGAGGUGGAUCGAGGCCCAAGCCAAGGCCCCAACCCUGCGGAUGCAGCCCAGCCAGCUGGAGCUGUUCUACUGCUUGUACGAGAUGCAGGAGGCAGACUUUGUGCGCAGGGCCAUGUGCCACUUCCCCAGAAUGGAGAUCAGUCUCUCCACCAGAAUGGACCACGUGGUUUCUUCUUUCUGCAUCAAGAACUGUCCCAGUUUGCAAUUCCUUUCCCUGAGGUGGCUCCAUAACUCACCUAAAGAGGAGGAGGAAGAGGAGGAGGAGGAGGCCUCUCGACACUCCAACGUGGAGCAGUGUGUCAUCCCAGGCCCUCAUUCAGCCUCCUCUCAUCGGGUGGCGAACUGCUGUCUCACUUCCAAUUUUUGCCAGGGCCUCUUCUCUGUCCUGAGCACGAAGCAGAAACUCACGGACCUGAACCUCAGUGACAAUCCUCUGGGGGACGCAGGGGUGAAGAUAUUGUGUGAAAUGCUCCAGAAUCCUGGCUGUAACAUUCAGAGAUUGUGGUUGAGGCGGUGCCGCCUUUCCCACCGCUGCUGCUCCCACCUCGCUGCCGCGCUGAGUGGCUCCAUGAAGCUGUUGGAGCUGGACCUGAGCCACAAUGUCCUGACGCAUCUUGGGCUUCGGCUCCUGUGUGUGGGACUGCAGCGUGCCUUCUGCCCCCUGGAGAAACUGUGGUUGAUCAACUGCUGUCUCACGUCGGCCUGCUGUGUGGAUCUUGCGUCUGUUCUGACCACCAGCCCGUCCCUGACCAGACUCUACCUGGGGGAAAAUGCCCUGGGCGACUUGGGCGUUAGAAUGCUAUGUGAAAAAGCCAAGCAUCCACAAUGUAAGCUGCAGAAACUGGGGCUGGUGAAGGUGGGCCUUACAUCCGGUUGUUGUCCAGCUCUGUCCUCGGUGCUCAGUGCUAACCAGAACCUCACACACCUUUACCUGCGAGGCAAUGCUCUUGGAGACACAGGAGUGAAGCUGCUGUGUAAGGGACUCCUGCACCCCAACUGCAAGCUUCAGAUGUUGGAACUAGACAACUGUAGCCUCUCCUCACACUGCUGUUGGGAUCUCUCCACACUACUGACCUUCAACCAGAGCCUACGACAACUAAGCCUGGGCAGCAACGACCUGGGUGAUCUCGGGGUCAUGCUGUUCUGCAAAGUGCUGAGACAGCAGAGCUGCCUCCUGAAAAGCCUUCAGUUGUGUAAAAUGUAUUUCAAUUAUGAGACAAUCUGCGCAUUAGAAACACUUCAAGAAGAAAAGCCCGAGUUGACCAUUGUCUUCGAGUCUCCUCAGUAGUGCUGGCAGUGGGACUGCCAGACCCCAGUGACCAAGCCCAGCCAGCCCCAGGUGCAUGGGUGUGAGGGAGUGGGCCUUUGGCUGGCCCUGCCUGGAAGAAGGCCGGCACUCUGCAGUCCUCAGUCAUGUGGGAGGGUGAGCUUGCCACCAGUGCCUUUGAGAGAGACUGGGAGUAGCUCCUUACCCCAGGCUAGGUCUCAAGAGCAACAAAACUGUCCCCAUGGUGUGGCUCUUGGCACAGCACUUAGAGGAUGGGCUGGCUCCUCUUGCCAACCUCGUGUAACUAACUCAUUCACUAAAGCACUUUGUCCAUCUUCUUCUUCCUCUUUUUACUGUCUUCAAAUUGCUCCCCCUCAUGUUUGUUCCCCUACUUUGUUCUGUUCAUCCUGUCAUCUCUUUCUUAACUGACCAGAAUGGAAUGACUUCACUAUAUAUUAUGCUGCAAUUUUGUGGCAGCAACUUAUUUAUUUUUAA